AUGGCGGUGUACUACCGGUACCGGAGCGGCGUGGACACCUUCUCCGUGCCCCUCGCCACGCCCGCCAUCUCCGUCGGCGACCUGAAGCGCCUGAUCCUGGGGACAGGCCGCCACGGCCACAGCCCCAGGGAGGGCAUCGCCAUAUCGGACGCGCUGACCGGCCGCCAGUACACGGACGGCGUCGCCGAGCUCGUCCCGCGCAACUCCACGGUGGUGGUGCGCCGAGUCCCGGCCGAGGAGGCCGUGUACGACGACGAGGUGGCCAAGGCUAUCAGCGUGGCCGUAGAACUCGAGUGGGAGGUGAUGACGAGCAUAACAGCAGAGAAGCAGCGGAGGAGCUCCGUAGCCAGCACCACGGUUCCAGCUCGAGUGAGAGAUGUACAGUAUCGGUGCAAGCGCCAGGGUCUUUAA